AUGCCAACUAGAAAGAAGACGCUGAUGUUCUUAUCGAGCUUUCUCACAAGCUUUGGGUCUUUCGUCGUAACUUGUUCUAUUCUUGGACUACCAGCUUGGGUCAGAAGCGAAAUCACCAUCAGUGACAACAUUUCCAAUGGAAGUGUGAUCAUCUCCUAUGGGCUUUUCCGAGGUACAAGUAAUCAGGACUUGAAUGAUGGACUUGCGGAGCUACCCAAAGAUUUUGAAGUUUUAGGGACAUUGAGCAAUUCGUCCCAGAAAACUCUGCAUUCAGUGGUCAUCCUGUUCGUGGUCCUGAGUUUGCUCACCUCAUUGCUGAGUUCUGGGUUCACCUUAUACAACAGCAUCAGCAACCCCUACCAGACGUUCCUGGGGCCAACAGGAGUGUACACCUGGAACGGGCUCGGUGCAUCCUGUGUUCUCCUGGCCAUGAUCCUGUUUGUGGCGAACACACAGUCCAACCACAUCUCAGAGAAGCUGUUGCAGGUGCUCUACCCAGUAGCCACUGAUAAGGGUGCGACCCACAGCUAUGGGACUGCAUUUUGGCUCAUGCUGCUGGUCAUUCUUCUAAAUGUGGUCACUGUGGUCAUCACCAUUUUCUACCAGAAGGCCAGAUACCGGAAGAAGCAGGAGCAGAGGAAGCCAAUGGAAUAUGCCCCAAGGGACGGAAUUUUAUUCUGA